UUAGCCUGACCCUCGCUCUUCCAGCCCCUAGCCCGCCGCCCACCCCGCGGCCUCCGACCGCACCUUCCCUGCCUCUCCCUCUUUCGAGUUCGGCCCCGGCUCCCACCUAGCGCAUCCGCCCCGACCCUAGCUCUGCGCCUGUGGGGGCGCCUUCCUCUGCACACGCCGCCCUCCUGUGCUUCCUUCCUUGCUCAGCUCGGCACAAACAGCGGCCCGUCUGAGUCCGGCGCGGGGAUUAAAGCUCCUCUUUGGCCACAUCAAGGAAUGGAUGCCUUGAGGACUCCAGUGAGUACUUCUCAGCUGCAUCCCUGAGCUACCUCAAGAAUGAUGUGGACAAUGCUUCAGAGGUCCGGGAAGAAAGCCUGGGGGAUGAGGUCUUUGACACGGUCAACUCCUCCAUCGUGUCUGGCGAGAGCAUCCAGUUUUUCGUCAAUGUCAACCUUGAGGUGCAGCCCUCCAUAUCUGAAGGUGAAGCGCUGUCUGGCUGCGUGCUCCUGCACACAUCCCGCAAGUACCUGAAGUUAAAGAACUUUGGGGAAGAGAUCCGAGCACACCGGGACCUGGAUGGCUUCCUGGCCCAGGCCAGCAUCAUCCUGAAUGAAACAGCCACCUCCUUGGAUGAUGUGCUACGCACCAUGCUGAGCCGCUUUGCCCAGGACCCCAACAACGCUGAACCCGACUGCAACUUGGACCUAAUCAUGGCCAAGCUCUUUACGGAUGCAGGGGGCCCCACGGAGAGUAAAGUGCACCUGCUGUCAGAUACCAUCCAAGGGGUCACAGCCACGGUGAGAGGGGUGCAGUACCAGCAGUCAUGGCUCUGCAUCAUCUGUACCAUGAAAGCCCUACAGAAGCGGCACGUGUGCAUCAGCCGCCUGGUUCGCCCACAGAACUGGGGCGAAAACUCCUGUGAGGUUCGGUUCGUCAUCCUGGUGCUGGCCCCACCCAAAAUGAAAAGCACCAAGACUGCAAUGGAGGUGGCACGCACCUUCGCCACCAUGUUUUCAGACAUCACCUUCCGCCAGAAGCUCCUGAAGACCCGCACAGAGGACGAAUUCAAGGAGGCAUUGGUGCAUCAGAGACAGCUGCUCACCAUGACAAUACCAAGAGCAAAUGGACAUGGCACAGGCUCCUUCCAUGGCCAUAGACACCCACAGCCCCCAAAGUGCAAGGACUUUAUCCCUUUUGGGAGGGGCAUCCGGGAAGACAUCAUGCGCAGGUUUCCUGUAUACCCACUGGACUUCACUGAUGGCAUUAUCGGGAAAAGCAAGGCUGUGGGCAAAUACAUAACCACCACCCUGUUCCUCUACUUCGCCUGCCUCCUGCCCACAAUUGCUUUUGGAUCCCUGAAUGAUGAGAACACAAAUGGGGCCAUUGAUGUUCAGAAGACCAUAGCUGGCCAGAGUAUAGGAGGCCUCUUGUACGCGAUCUUCUCCGGGCAGCCGCUGGUGAUUCUGCUGACGACUGCACCCCUGGCCAUCUACACCCAGGUGAUUCGUGUCAUCUGUGAUGACUACAACUUGGACUUCAAUGCUUUCUAUGCGUGGACAGGCCUGUGGAACAGUUUCUUCCUUGCACUCUAUGCCUUCUUCAACCUCAGCCUGGUCAUGAGUCUCUUCAAGAGGUCAACAGAGGAAAUCAUUGCCCUGUUCAUUUCCAUCACCUUCGUGCUGGAUGCUGUCAAGGGCAUGAUCAAAAUCUUCUGGAAGUACUACUACGGUUACCACCACACAAAGAGAACAGAUACCAGCCUCAACUCUGGCAUCCACACAGCCUUCAACACCAAUCUCCUGGCUGGUUCCAUUGAGCUGGAUGCCUCAAGCAGCCCAGAUGCUGUGCACUCUGGCCAGGCAACUGCAGUGCUCAGCCUCCUCAUCAUGCUGGGUACCCUCUGGCUGGGCUACACUCUCUACCAGUUCAAGAAGAGCCCCUACCUGCACCCAUAUGUGCGAGAGAUCCUGUCCGACUGUGCCCUGCCCAUUGCAGUGCUCACCUUCUCCCUCCUCAGCUCCUAUGGCUUCCAGGAAAUUGAGAUGAGCAGGUUCCGCUACAACCCCAGCGAGAACCUGUUUGAGGUGGCACAGAUCGACUCACUGUCCCUGGGAGCCAUUGGCAGUGCCAUGGUCCUCGGUUUCCUGCUCUCCCUGCUCUUCUUCAUCGAGCAGAACCUGGUGGCUGCCUUGGUCAAUGCACCAGAGAACAGGCUGGUGAAAGGCACUGCCUACCACUGGGAUCUCCUGCUCCUAGCCAUCAUCAACACGGGGCUGUCCCUAUUUGGGCUGCCCUGGAUCCACGCUGCCUACCCCCACUCUCCACUGCACGUGCGGGCCCUAGCUUUAGUGGAGGAGCGAGUGGAGAAUGGGCACAUUUAUGAGACAAUUGUGAAUGUGAAGGAGACGAGGCUGACAUCUCUGGGCGCCAGCAUGCUAGUGGGUCUGUCCCUCCUGCUGCUGCCUUUCCCACUGCAGUGGAUCCCCAAGCCUGUGCUCUAUGGCCUCUUCCUCUACAUUGCGCUUACCUCCUUGGAUGGCAACCAGCUCUUCUCUCGUGUGGCCCUGCUGCUCAAGGAGCAGACAUCAUACCCACCCACCCACUACGUUCGGAGGGUGCCCCAGAGGAAGAUCCACUACUUCACAGGCCUGCAGGUCCUGCAGCUGCUACUGCUCUGCGCCUUCGGCAUGAGCACCCUGCCCUACAUGAAGAUGAUCUUCCCCCUCAUCAUGAUUCUCAUGAUUCCCAUCCGCUACAUCCUGCUGCCCCGAAUCAUUGAAGCCAAGUACUUGGAUGCCAUGGACGCUGAGCACUGGUCCUGAUCAGGCUCUGGCCACACCUUUGCCGCCCUCCUGUCCUCCCGGGUGUAGGGAGGUGCUUAUGUCUGGGGGCUUGUAGUGGGCUGUGUCCUCACAGGCAGCUCACAGGCCCUGGCACUUGGGCAUUGUGGGGGUUCAGUGCUAUGUGCUUCCCCUCCUCUGCACAUUAGCCUUCAGCUUUGGGUCAGGAACACUGCUCAGGGCAGUUUCUGUCCAGGGUGGGACUAAGCAGGGUGGGUUUUCUUUUGAUAAAAGAGUCAAUGUCAGGAGAGAAGCCAUUUCCUUGAUAGUGUAAGGAACCCACUGUGGACACUUCAGAGAAUAAAGCUCCUGUUUCUAUGCUU